UGAUCCUUUUUCCAAAACACACCAUCAUGUGGUGGGGAAUCUAUUUCUGUUCCUCCACUGGUAACAGAACCACCAGCCUCCUGACAUCUCUGUGAAGGAUGGUUGUGGAGGGACAGUUCUCUUUCUCUUUGCCUUUCCCACUUUGUCCACUGGAAACCAGACAACUUUGGCACGUCCUCACUUUAACGCCUCGAACUACGCCUUUCACAUCAGGAUGGGCCUCCACAACUCUGGUUAAAGUGGGAGGAAGGACGAGGCAAAGCCUGACCAAAUGACUCUCCUUACUGAAGGAGAAGUGGAUGUAAAAGCACCGAACCCAUUAACUUGUCGCAUCCUACUGAACCAGAUCACUGGAUUGUACGACCCUGUCGAUCUAACAACACCUGUGAAGCAAAAAGGAGGAGGUGGAAGCAGAAAAGGGAAAAGUAAGAAGUGGAAGCAGAUGCUUCAGUUUCCUCACAUCAGUGUGUGUGAAGAACUGCGACAGACCAUAGACAAAGACUACAGCAGCCUGUGUGAGCGUCAGCCUAUCGGACGUUUACUGUUCAGACUUUUCUGUGAGACUCGACCUGAGCUACGACGCUGCGUCAACUUCCUGGAUGCUGUGGCAGAGUUCGAGGUGACACCUGACGAGAAGAGGAAGGAGAGCGGUCAAGAAGCGAUCGACAAAUACUUCAACACAACGUCGGACAAUCACGUGUCAGAGGUGGAGGAUGCCAUGAUGGUCCAGUGCAGGGAGCGGCUGCAGCAGGACGCCUGCAAAGACCUCUUCAAGGACUGUACCAAAUUAAUCCACGAUUACCUCAGUGUGGCACCAUUCGCAGAUUACCUGGACAGCAUGUUCUUCAACAGGUUCUUACAGUGGAAAUGGCUGGAGAGACGUCCAGUGACUAAAAACACGUUCAGACAGUACAGAGUUUUAGGAAAAGGAGGAUUUGGAGAAGUGUGUGCGUGUCAGGUUCGAGCCACGGGGAAAAUGUACGCGUGUAAGAAGUUGGAGAAGAAAAGAAUAAAGAAGAGAAAAGGAGAAUCGAUGGCUCUGAACGAGAAAGUGAUUCUGGAGAAAGUCAACAGCAGAUUUGUCGUGAGUUUAGCGUACGCCUAUGAGACAAAGGAAGCGCUCUGUCUGGUUCUGACCCUGAUGAACGGAGGAGACCUGAAGUUCCACAUCUACCACAUGGGCGAGUCGGGUUUUGACGAGACCAGAGCCGUCUUCUACUCUGCAGAGAUCUGCUGCGGGUUAGAGGACCUGCACCGAGAGAGGAUCAUCUACAGAGACCUGAAACCAGAGAACAUCCUGCUGGACGACCUCGGCCACAUCAGAAUAUCAGAUCUUGGUCUGGCUGUUCAUGUCCCAGAGGGACAAACCAUUAAAGGACGAGUGGGGACAGUGGGAUACAUGGCUCCAGAGGUGGUGAUGAACCAGCGUUACAGCCUCAGUCCAGACUGGUGGGGACUGGGAUGUCUCCUGUACGAGAUGAUUGAGGGACAGUCUCCGUUUCAGCAGAGGAAGAAGAAGAUUAAGAGGGAGGAAGUGGAGCGGCUGGUGACCGAGGUGGACGAGGAGUAUUCAUGCAAGUUCUCCGAGGACGCCAAGUCCCUCUGCAAGAUGCUGCUCGCCAAAGACCCCACAGAGAGGAUGGGCUGCCAGGGGGGCGGGGCCUCAGAGGUCAAAGCCCAUCCCAUCUUUAGGUCCAUUAACUUCAAACGUCUGGAGGCAGGAAUGUUGCAGGUUCCCUUUAUCCCUGACCCUCAGGCCAUCUACUGUAAAGACGUGCUGGACAUCGAGCAGUUCUCGUCAGUCAAAGGAGUGGAGUUGGAGCCUAAAGACGAGUCUUUCUACAGUAAAGUGUCCACAGGCAGCGUCUCCAUUCCCUGGCAGAACGAGAUGAUCGAGACCGAGUGUUUUACUGAACUCAACGUUUUCUCCUUGGACGGGACACUUCCUGUGGACCUGGACUGGAGAGGACAACCGUCUCCUCCUCCCAAACAGGGACUCCUGCAGUGGCUGUUUGGAAGACAGGAAUGUUGUGGUAACUGCAGUGACAGUGACGAGGAGCCUACCAGGCUGUGACACACACACACACACACACACACACUUGUUUACGUCUUUUGCACAUUUGUAUUUUAAAGAUUCUUCUUAUAAAAUCGUCAGAAUUUA